AUGUUAGGCCCCUUGAAUAUCAAUUUAGCGGAGUUCGGUGUAUCAACUCGAAAUGGUUUCCUACCAGACCAGCCGCCCCUCCGAGAACUGAGCAACCCAUACUACGAAAGUUGGGAAAUCGUACUUUCGCAACUACCAGCACUUCUCAAAUCUGCAUCUCUAAGAAGCCAUGUCGAUCAAUUACCUGUACUCUCAACAGAACAUCUCAUCUCUGAAAGCGAAUGGCAAAGAGCAUACAUGAUCCUCUCCUUCUUCACACACUCAUACAUCUGGGAAGCCGGCGGACCAUCACAGCGCCUCCCCGCAUCAAUAUCCGUCCCCUUCCUCUCAAUCGCAAAACAUCUCGGCCUCCCACCCACAGCAACCUACGCCGGCCUCAACCUCUGGAACUUCGAGUCCAUCUCCGGCGCCAACGACUUCACUCAACUCGAAGACCUCCGAAGUCUCCACACCUUCACCGGCACCAAAGACGAAGAAUGGUUCUACCUGAUCUCGGUCGCCAUCGAAGCCUACGGCGCAAAGAUCAUCCCCGCCAUGAUGAAAGCCAUGGAUGCUGUCCGGGCGAAUGAAUCCAGUGUAGUGGCUGCUGCACUUGAGACGUUCGCGAGGAAUAUCAAGGAGAUUGCGAGGAUUCUGAAUAGGAUGGAUGAGCAUUGCUCGCCGAAGGUGUUUUAUGAUGACAUUAGACCGUUUUUGGCGGGGAGUAAGAAUAUGGUUCUGGCGGGGCUGCCGAAGGGUGUGUUUUAUGAGGAGGGUGAGGGGAAGGGAGAGUGGAGACAGUAUAGUGGGGGCAGUAAUGCUCAGAGCUCUCUCAUCCAAUUCUUUGACAUCGUUUUGGGUGUUGAGCAUCAUUUGACGAAAGGCUCGAAAGCGAGGAAUGGGUUUCUCUCGGAAAUGAGAAACUACAUGCCUGGAGGUCACCGUGCUUUUCUGGAGAAAAUGGAAUCCAUCGUGAAUAUUCGAGAAUACGCAGAGAGCACCACGAGUUCCGAAGUCAUAGACGCGUAUAAUCUCGCUGUCAAGGAACUCGAGCUUUUCAGAAGUGUACAUAUCCAAGUCGUCACUCGAUUCAUCAUCACGCCGUCGAGACAGAAGAUUCCAAAUGUACACCCUGGAUUGAAUCUUGCUGUUGCUUCAUCGAAUACUGAUUCGAAGGAAUUGCAUGGCACUGGAGGAACACAGUUGCUUCCGUUCUUGAAGCAGAGUCGGGAUGAGACGAAGGAUGCAACGCUGACGAGUGCAUGA